AGAUGUUCAAGGUGGAAAAUUCAAAAGUGAUGAUCCAGCAUUCGCGGGAAACCUUUCACCUCGCGGCGAAAAAGUGGAAGCGCGGGGAGAGCAACAUUGGCGACAGCGACCCCGGGCCUGUGGCAAAGCGGCGCAUGCCAGGGGACGAAGCGAAGCUGCGCACGGGUGGUGCAAAGUCGGGCAGCAGCGCCUGCAACUCCCCACGUCCCCUAGCAGGCUUUACGAUGAAACUCGGCCAGGCCGGGGCACUAAUAGUCAGUAAUAAUC